AUGAGGCACGAUCCCUUCAAGCCGGCGAAGAGAGUCGCUGGACAGCGGAAGGAUGUCUGGUCGAUUGUCAAUGAAGCCGCUGAACAAGGAAAGGUCACUCCCAUGGUGAACAUGGGGCAAGGCUUCUUUGGCUAUAAUCCUCCAAAUUUCGUCCUUGAUGCUGCUCGGGAUGCGUUAAGUCGUGUCGAAUGCAAUCAGUACUCCCCCACAAAGGGCCGGCCUCGAUUAAAGAAGGCCAUCGCCGACGCCUACAAACCUUUCUUCGACUACCCUCUGGAUCCAGACAAGAAUGUCACCAUCACGACAGGCGCCAAUGAAGGCAUGCUUUCGGCGUUCAUGGGCUUCAUCGAGCCCGGCGACGAGGUCAUUGUCUUCGAGCCCUUCUUUGAUCAGUACAUCAGCAACAUUGAAAUGCCGGGUGGCAAAGUGGUGUACGUGCCGCUGCAUCCACCCGAAAAUGGUGCUACCCAGACUACGAGUGCUGGCGACUGGAAGCUGAACAUGAGAGAACUCGAGGCAGCCAUUAACGACAAAACACGCAUGAUCGUCAUCAACAGCCCUCACAAUCCGGUUGGCAAGGUGUUUACCAAGGACGAGCUCCAAGCGAUUGGCAACCUCUGCGUCAAGCACAACAUCAUCAUCCUCUCGGACGAAGUCUACGACCGCCUCUACUACGUCCCGUUCACUCGCAUCGGCAACCUCUCGCCUGAAAUUGCCAGGCUUACACUGACCGUCGGCAGCGGAGGCAAGAAUUUCUAUGCAACGGGCUGGCGUGUUGGCUGGCUAAUCGGCCCCGAACACCUCAUCACAUACGUCUCUGCUGCACACACUCGGAUCUGCUUCAGCAGUGUAUCGCCACUCCAGGAAGCCACGGCAGUAGCGUUCGAGCAAGCAGAUGCGCACGGCUUCUGGGACCAGAGCAAGAAGGAGAUGCAAGCGAAAGUCAAGCGCUUUAACGAGAUCUGGGACGAGCUGGGUCUGCCGUACUCGGAUCCGGAAGGAGGCUACUUCGUGCUUGCCAACCUUGCGAAGGUGAAGCUUCCAGAGGAUUAUGAGUUCCCACCGCAUGUGGCUUCACGGCCGCGGGACUUCAAGCUGAGCUGGUUCCUGAUCAAGGAGAUGGGCAUUGCUGCGAUCCCGCCAACUGAGUUCUUCACGGAGAAGAAUGCGCACUUGGUCGAAGAUUGGCUGCGGUUUGCCGUGUGUAAGGACGACAAAGUUCUGGACACGGCGAAAGAGAGGCUUCGCGGACUGAAGAAGUACAUUCAGUGA